UGUUUUUUAUGGAGGAAGUGCACAUCAGACGAGUCAGCUGCAUUGCUCUCGUUGACCUUGUGACCGAUUUCGAACAUUUCUACCAGAAUCUUGAAAUUCAGGGUUGGAAGAAAGAAUUACUGCAAGGAGAGAAAUAAGUUGGAAAACCAAAGCAGAUUUUUUUGUUGGAGGUCGAAACAAAGUAAUUUAUUUUCAGGGGAAUCUCACGACUGAAGAAAAUGGCUUCACUCUUCACAGUGGAAAAUGAGACAAAGAAAACAAGUGGCAGAUUUCCAAUGCAAUUUACAGAGUGCUGAGGAACUCAGACUCAACCGUGCAUCUUCCACAGAGUCCAGGAACUGCCCAGCAGAGGACCCUAACACUUACACUUACUACAACAAGGACGAUCCAUCGAUGCAUCAUGGAGAAAUCAGAGACUUACAGGGAUUAUCACCUGCAGUAAUGAUUAGCGAUGAACCUCAGCCAGUAACUCCAGGAAAAAUGAGUCUGCGCCCAGGAAAGGAAGCAUUUUAUUCCCAAACUAAAGAGUUGGUCUACUCAUCAAUCAGCCCAGGAACCAACAGCAAUCACGGCUUGGACAGAGGCAGAGAUGACGUGUCCUUAUCAAAGGAUGACUCUACUCACACAAUAUCAAAAAGCAAGUCAGAGUCCAAGCUUUACAAUGGAACAGAAAAAGAUCUUGUCUCACCUGGAAGUAAACUCACAAAGAAGGAGUCUCUUAAGGUUCAAAAGAAAAAUUACAGAGAAGAAAAGAAAAGAGCCACCAAAGAGCUGCUGAGCAGCAUCACUGAUCCGUCUGUAAUAGUAAUGGCUGAUUGGCUAAAGAUUCGUGGAACUUUAAAGAGUUGGACAAAACUGUGGUGUGUCCUGAAGCCUGGAGUUCUACUCAUCUACAAAACUCCAAAGAACGGCCAGUGGGUGGGAACGGUGCUUCUGAAUGCCUGCGAACUCAUUGAAAGACCAUCAAAGAAGGAUGGUUUCUGUUUUAAAGUCUUCCAUCCCUUGGAACAAUCCAUUUGGGCUGUGAAGGGUCCAAAAGGUGAAGCUGUUGGGUCCAUAACUCAGCCAUUGCCCAGUAGUUACCUGAUAUUUCGAGCUGCCUCAGAAUCUGAUGGAAGAUGUUGGAUGGAUGCUUUGGAACUUGCUCUGAAGUGUUCUAGUCUCCUCAAGCGAACUACAAUUAGGGAAGGCAAAGAAUAUGAUCUGAACUCCUCGGAGGGCUGUCACGUUGCACUUUUUGGACUGCUGCGAGCAAAUGCACUGCAAAGUCCAGAACACGACCAGUUAAAUGAAAGUGAGAUAGAACAGCAGCACUUCAGAGACCAUGACCUGUACUCUGAUAAAUCAGACAGAGAAAAUGAGCCGGAGCACGAGGAAUCCGAUAAUGAUCCACUGGAGAAAAGUGGGAAAAGUGAGGAAAGUGACUCUGACAUAUCAGAAAAGCAGGAUGUUCUGUACACUGAUCUUGAGCCGAUAGACAUAGUAAAGGAAACCACUUACGUAGAAGAAGCUCAUGAAGAAUUGGGAGAGACGGGUGAGGACUCUCAGACGGAAAUCGUUUCAGAAGAGAACAAAAGUCUGAUUUGGACUCUGCUGAAACAAGUUCGGCCAGGAAUGGAUCUCUCUAAAGUUGUACUGCCUACAUUUAUAUUGGAGCCUCGUUCUUUCUUGGACAAGCUAUCAGAUUACUACUAUCAUGCAGACUUUCUGUCAGAUGCGGCAGCAGAGGAAAAUCCAUACCAGCGUUUGAAGAAGGUUGUGAGGUGGUACUUGUCUGGCUUCUACAAAAAACCAAAGGGCCUGAAGAAACCAUACAACCCAAUUAUUGGUGAAACGUUCCGGUGUAUGUGGAUUCAUCCAAAAGCAAGCAGCAGGACCUUUUACAUUGCAGAACAGGUAUCUCAUCAUCCACCUGUGUCUGCGUUCUACGUAAGUAACAGAAAAGAUGGAUUCUGCAUCUGUGGCAGCAUCUUGGCCAAAUCCAAGUUUUAUGGUAAUUCAUUAUCAGCAAUAUUGGAUGGUGAAGCGAGGCUUUCUUUCCUUAGCCGAGGGGAAGAUUACAUAAUGAACAUGCCUUAUGCUCAUUGCAAAGGAAUUGUUUAUGGUCCAAUGACUCUUGAACUUGGAGGUCUUGUUAACAUCACGUGUGAGAAGACGGGAUACAGUGCAAUAAUUGAGUUCAAAUUGAAGCCAUUCUUAGGCAACAACAACAACGUUAACCAGAUAUUUGGAAAAAUCAAACUGGGAUCAGAAGUUUUAGCCAAUCUGGAAGGACAUUGGGAUGGUGAGGUAAUAAUCAAUGACAAAAAGACGGGUGUAUCUGAAGUAUUCUGGAACCCCACACCUGAAAUCCGACAACAGAGACUAACCAGGUGCACUGUGCUCUUUGAGGAGCAGGAGAACAUGGAAUCAGAAAAACUCUGGCAGCAUGUAACACGAGCAAUAUACAACAAGGACCAACAUGAGGCCACUAGAGAGAAGUUCAUACUGGAAGAAGCUCAGCGUCAAGCUGCUAAGCAGCGGAAAGCCAAGGAAGAAGAAUGGAUCCCUCGCUUGUUUGAACAUGAUCAGGUUACAGGAGAGUGGCAAUAUAAAUACGCAGACACCAGGCCCUGGGAUCCACUGAAUGACCUCAUUCAGUAUGAAAAAGGUGGUGUCAUCCAAUCAAAAGUUUGGCACCGCACUCCAAUGGUACGUUCUGCCAGUAUAAUUAGUCUCAGUAACCAAGGGGGAAGGAAAGAAAGUUACAAGCGGCAGGUCUCUGUGCCAAAGCGAACCCGGAGUAAACACAGUGGGCAACAGAGUCCUGAAAGUGGCUGCUCCAGCCCAGAACCGGAUCACCAGGACUCCUCGGAGAGUGAAAAACAAAAGACAGGGAAACACAGCACAAGACUGAGGAAGAAAGCAAAUGAUCUGACCGAACUACUUGGUGCCAUAGAUUCAAUAAAGAGCACACAGGAGGAGAUCAAUAGAAGUUUGGCAGCUCUACGAAAUCGGACAGCCACAAGCCAGCCCAAUGCAAGUAACCACUUUUUGCAACAGAGGGACUAUGUGGUCAUUCUCUUCCUCAUCCUGCUUCAGAUAGUUAUUAAUUACAUAUUCAACUAACCAUGACCUGACCAAAUGAAGCCAUAAGCAGAAGAGACAAGGAGCAGGAUUUUCUUCAGCACAUGCGGAUCUCUGAGUAUAACCACCAGGCAUGGUGUUGGACCAGGUGUGCUUCAGAUUUGAUAACAAAGUGCUUUCAAAACUUUUCAGUGUGUACAAAAUAUUCAUAUGCAUAUUCACUUUACCUUGUGAUGAACCACAAUGCUUUAAAGACACUCCAUGUGUGUUGAUGCUCCAGACUUAAAUCAAUUUUUACAACUCCUUUAGUAAGGCCAGUUUUAGCAUAAGCCAUAUACUAAAUUACGUGCAAGUAUUAGAAUACCAGUAACAGCAUAAACACUCGCCCGUUACACAUUGGCGCACACCUACAUCUAUUUCCGAAUGCUGUUUCUAGUAUUCCCCUUUUGCAACCAGUGCUUUGUUUAUGAAUGUUACAGUCCCUUAAGAGAGACACGUGAGCUUAGCAUUCAUGUUUAGUUCAGAUUUAACGUACUUUCAGCAGGGUCCAAACUAUAUUUAUACUUAAAAAGUAUUCUGGAGGGGCAGGAUGCUGGAGGGAUGUAGAGCAGUGCCUUCUGGAUGACUUCACACCAGUGUUCAGGAUAUGCUACUAAACGUGUUAGGGCUGUGCCAUAGUUGGGGAAAAAAAGCCUUACAACAUUCCAGAGUUAGUCUGUAAGUUUAUUUUAAUGUCUCAAGUUGUCAUAAUACUGCCAUUAAUAUCUAUGUGGUAGCUUGUAAAACCAGAUUGUAUUCUGACAUUUGUAAAAAUGGUCCAAACCAGUUUAUUUUUUACUUUGCAUCAGUUUUUCUCGUUGUCUGGCUGUCACUAACUUUCGUCCAUCCCAACUCAUUGCGAGUCACAGAACUGGACGGUAAUUUUAAUUUCUAAGUAUAUGAUCCAAAAGUGAUUUGUGCACAUCUAGUACAUGUUUAAACUAGAAUCUAAGCAAAUGUUUACUGUUGCUGCAACCUAUGGUGACUGUUAGAGAAAGACAGAUUAUGCGUAAAAGGACAGUGUUGUGCAUUUUUUUUACAUUUUGAAAGUCAAACACAUGAUUAAAGAAACCAUUGAUGGGAUCAUGUAAAUGUUUUAUCGAUGUACCUAAAUAUUUAUUCAUGAAACAACCUUUUGUUAACUAAGGUUUAUCGAAGUUCUUUGGUUCCAUAAAUUCUACAUUUUCUCAUGAUGUUGACUUAACCAAUAAAUGCCUAAACAGGUGACUGCAGCACCACGGGCACUUCCACUUUCUUCCCCCAGUGAGGUUUCUUUUAUUUUGGGGAAUGAUUUUUAAAUACAAUAUUGUCACAGUAACGGUAGCAAACUAGUGGCAAGGAAUGAGAUGUUGGGUUUCACUCAAUAACCACUUGUAAGAGCACAGUCACUUGUAAUAUGGUAUUUAUGAUCACUGACUUAAUAAAGAUCUGUGAUUCCCACA